ACACAGACAAUGGCACAGAGAUGGCUGUGGAUGUUAGUGCCAUGGAGAGGAGGCUGGAACCCACGUGCCAAAGCGCCUGGACAAGAGGAGGAACGCCAUGUUAGAGCCAAUGACCGCGACUACAACGAGAGAUUUAAUUAUGCUGACAAUCACAUCAAGACAGCAAAGUAUACCUUCUACACUUUCCUACCCAUCAACUUAUUUGAGCAGUUUCAACGAUUUGCAAAUGCAUACUUCUUAGUGUUGCUCAUUCUACAGCUUAUUCCUGAGAUCUCCUCUCUGUCCUGGUUUACCACUAUUGUGCCUUUGGUGUUGGUACUGUCUAUCACUGCUGUAAAAGAUGCAACUGAUGACUAUUUCCGCCAUAAAAGUGAUCAACAAGUCAACACUCGCCAGUCUCAGGUACUCAUUCAUCAAAAGCUACAAAAUGAGAAAUGGAUGAACGUUCGAGUUGGAGACAUUAUAAAACUUGAGAACAACCAGUUUGUUGCUGCUGAUUUGCUUCUCCUCUCCAGCAGUGAACCAUAUGGGCUGUGCUAUAUUGAGACAUCAGAGUUAGAUGGAGAAACAAACCUGAAGGUGCGCCAAGCCCUGCCAGUAACUUCAGACCUUGGGGCAGACGUUGCCAAGCUUGCAGAAUUUGACGGAGAGGUUAUAUGUGAACCUCCCAAUAAUAAACUGGACAGAUUUACUGGGACCCUGUACUGGAAGGACAACAAAUACCCCCUGGACAAUGAUAAAAUGCUACUGAGAGGCUGUAUGCUUCGAAACACUGAGUGGUGCUUUGGUCUUGUAAUCUUUGCUGGGCUCCAAACCAAGCUGAUGCAGAACUGUGGGAGGACAAAAUUCAAAAGAACCAGCAUUGACAAGCUGAUGAACACUUUAGUUUUGUGGAUUUUUGGAUUCCUCAUCUGCAUGGGGAUUAUUCUGGCAAUUGGGAACACCAUUUGGGAGCAAGGAGUGGGCAGAACCUUCUGGGAACACCUACAAUGGAAUAAACUACUUAGCAGUCCUGUCUUCUCUGGAUUCCUCACUUUCUGGUCUUACAUUAUCAUUCUCAACACCGUGGUCCCAAUAUCUCUAUAUGUUAGUGUUGAAGUACUGCGUCUAGGCCACAGUUACUUCAUAAACUGGGACCGAAAGAUGUACUACAGUCGCAAAGACACUGCAGCUGAGGCUCGAACCACAACUCUAAACGAAGAGCUGGGCCAGGUUGAAUUCAUCUUCUCAGACAAGACAGGGACUCUUACGCAAAACGUUAUGGUCUUUAAUAAAUGCUCCAUUAAUGGCCAGAUCUAUGGAGAUGUUUAUGAUGAGUUUGGACACAAAGUGGAUAUCACAGAGAAAACACCAUGUGUGGAUUUCUCUUUCAACCCACUAAUGGACCGGAAGUUUCGCUUUUAUGAUAGCAGCCUGGUAGAGGCCAUAAAGUUGGAGGAGCCGCUGGUGCAGGAGUUUUUUAGAUUACUAGCACUAUGCCAUACAGUCAUGACUGAAGAACGGAGUGAAGGAGAGCUGGUGUAUCAGGCUCAGUCUCCAGAUGAAGGAGCUUUGGUGACUGCAGCACGCAAUUUUGGCUUUGUAUUUCGAUCCAGAACACCAGAGACCAUUACUCUGUAUGAAAUGGGCCAGCCGGUCACAUAUCAGCUCGUGGCUAUAUUGGAUUUUAGUAAUGUUCGCAAAAGAAUGAGUGUUAUUGUAAGGAAUCCUAAAGGGCAGCUGAAGCUUUACUCUAAAGGAGCAGACACAAUAAUCUUUGAGAGACUUGACUCAUCCAAUGAAGAGCUUAUGUACACUACCUCAGAGCACCUUAAUGAGUUUGCCGGUGAAGGACUUAGGACUCUGGCACUGGCUUAUAAAGACCUGGAUGAGGACAUGUUUGAUGAAUGGAUGAAAAAACUGCUGUUUGCCAGCACAACACUGGACAACCGGGAGGAGAGACUUGAAGCUCUGUAUGAGGAGAUAGAGCAGGAUCUGAUGCUUCUCGGAGCUACAGCCAUAGAGGAUAAACUGCAGGAAGGAGUGCCAGAAACUAUAACCUGCUUAACCCUGGCCAAUAUCAAAAUCUGGGUUCUCACUGGAGAUAAACUUGAGACCGCAAUGAAUAUCGGCUACUCCUGCAACAUGCUGAGAGAUGACAUGAAUGAAAUGUUCAUAAUCUCAGGUCACACCAUGCUCGAGGUUCAGCAGGAACUCAGAAAUGCCAAAGAGAGAAUCAUUGGUCCCAGCAGAGAGAGGUUCAGCAGUAGCCAAGAUAUGAGAAAGCCUUCUAGUGACUCUGUGUUUGAGCAGACCAUCAUUGCAGAAUAUGCACUGAUUAUUAAUGGUCACAGCUUGGCUCAUGCACUGGAGGCAGAGUUGGAGCAGAUCUUGUUGGAUGUAGCCUGUUUGUGUAAGACUGUGAUUUGCUGUAGAGUAACUCCUUUGCAAAAAGCCCAAGUGGUCGAACUGGUCAAGAGGCAUAAAAGAGUUGUCACCCUGGCCAUCGGAGAUGGAGCCAACGACGUCAAUAUGAUCAAAACGGCCCACAUCGGCGUGGGCAUUAGUGGACAGGAGGGCAUGCAGGCGGUUCUGGCCUCAGACUACUCCUUUGCUCAAUUCCGUUACCUGCAGCGCCUUUUGCUGGUCCAUGGCCGGUGGUCUUACCACCGCAUGUGCAACUUCCUCUGCUACUUCUUUUAUAAGAACUUCGCUUUCACACUGGUGCAUUUCUGGUUUGGAUUUUUGUGUGGCUUCUCUGCACAGACUGUGUAUGACCAGUGGUUCAUCACCCUGUUCAACAUUGUUUACACUUCGCUGCCUGUUCUUGCUAUGGGCCUGUUUGAUCAAGAUGUAAAUGAGCAGUACAGCCUGCGCUAUCCUAACUUGUACCAACCGGGGCAGCUCAAUCUGUUGUUCAACAAGCGCAAAUUUUUCAUGUGCACCCUUCAGGGAAUCUACACUUCAUUUGUUCUGUUCUUCAUCCCAUAUGGAGUCUUCUUGUGUGCUGUGCGAGAUGAUGGCUCACACAUAUCCGAUCAGCAAUCCUUUGCUGUUACUAUAGCAACCUCACUGGUCAUCGUGGUUAGCGUCCAGAUCGGGCUUGACACAAACUACUGGACAGCUGUGAACCACUUCUUUAUUUGGGGCAGUCUGGCCAUGUACUUUGCCAUUCUGUUUGCAAUAACCAGUGAUGGCCUCUUUACAAUAUUUCAAAACCAGUUUCCAUUCGUAGGCACCGCACGGAACACUCUGAAUCAGAAGAUUGUGUGGCUUGUCAUUCUUCUCAUAACCGUGGUGUGUUUAAUGCCAAUGAUGGCCAUCCGCUUCCUCAGGACAGACCUCUAUCCUACACAGACUGAUAAAGUGCGUCUGCUUCAGCAGGCCAGCAGGAGGCAGCACCCUCAGGAGCAGAACCUGAGACGAGUGCGCAGGACCAGCUCUCGCCGCUCGGCCUACGCCUUCGCCCACCAACAGGGAUAUGGAGAGCUCAUUACCUCCGGCAAGAACAUGAAAGUCCACACUCCCUCCACCUCUGCAUUUCCUGACUCUCCAGAGAGACUCAAAAGUAGUACCAGCUGGACAGAAAACAUGUCCAAAAAGGAAUUAGACACGAACAGUACAGUGGCUGGUGAGGAAACAAUGCAUUCUGGGAUUACAGAGCAUCCCAGACCUACGCACCAGCACAGCCUUCGGACACUCUACACAGACUGACUGAGUGGUAUAUCC